UUUCCAGUCGCCAUUGAAAGGUGAAAACUUCACUAAAUGUCGGUGAUGAUUUUAAGAUUUUGAGUGGUUUCUUUAAGAUUAUAAUCGUUUUUAGUGUUGUGAUAUGAAAAUGAAGUGCCCCGGACUACCAUGACGCAUCAAAAUCACCAAACAAACGGUGCAAGUCUCGAGGAUUGCCACACAAACUUCUUUGCCUUGACGGAGCUGUAUGGCAUAAAAUGGCGUAAGCUGGUGUGGGGCGAGGGCGGCGGCGGCGGCGGGUCGGGCGGGGAGGGCGAGGAGGCGGCGCCGCUGGCCGACCCGGUGAUCAGCAGCUACGCGCGCUGCUUGGCCGGCGAUAUCCUGUGCGUGUGGCGCCGCGUGGCCGCCUCCCCGCUCGACCUGGACGGCAUGGUCGCCCCGCCGCCCCUUUCCCUGCGCGCCUCCAAGGAGCUCUGGAUCUUCUGGUACGGCGAGGAGCCCGACCUCAACGGUCUCGUCGCCCCCGAGCUCAUAGCCAGCCAAGGAGAGCAAGGAUCGUGGGAGAGCGGUCUCUCGUACGAGUGUCGCUCGCUGCUCUUCAAGGCGCUGCAUAAUCUUAUCGAAAGAUGCCUGCUAUCCCGAGAUUUUGUGCGGCUGGGCAAGUGGUUCGUCCAACCCUACGAUGGCGACGAGGAGAACGUUGGCAAAAGCCCGUGGCACCUGUCGUUCUCGUUCGCGUUCUUCCUUCACGGCGAGAGCACGGUGUGCGCGUCCGUCGACGUCCGCCAGCACCCGCCCGUGCGCACGCUCACGCGCAAGCGGCUAGCGCGCCUGCAGCGCCCGCCCGCCGCGCCGCCCGCCGCCAGGCAGGAUGAUAAAGUGAUCCUGGCGCCGUUCGGUCUGGAGGGGCGGGUGACGGGGCGCGAGUGGAGCGACGCGGACGCCGCCACCUCCCGCCUGCUUGAUGCGUGGCGGCAGCUCUAUCCGCUAGAGCAGGGAUGCGGUGCUGUUGAAGUGGAGUGCGGCGGCGUACGCAUGCGUUACCCGACACCGUACGCGCUCGUUACGGAGAUGGAGGCGCCGCGCGAGCCCCCGCCCGCCGCACACCUCGCGCGACGCACGCUGCGUGCUCUGCACACGCCUGCACCGCACCAGACUGCAGAGCAGGCGUACGCUGACUGCACGGGGGACGAUGACUUCGCGGACCCCUCGCGCAAGACACCUUGUACCUGUGCUAAGUGGCGGCGCCGGCGCACGCCCCGCCCCCCGCGACCGCCGCCCUUCCACCGCCGCGCCGCUUCGCACCGAUACAGAGCCCCGGUGGGCGUAGCUCUCGGUGCGGGCGGUGCGUGCUCGCCCGCCAGCUGCGGCGCGUCCCCCGCGCCCGCCGGCCCGACCUCGCCUAACCACGCGCACACGCAUCACGUGCUCACCACCCACCAGCAAACGGGCGUGCCGACGACGUUACACACGCCGGCGCCGACGCCCGACCCCCUCGCCCCGCCCACGCCGGCCCCGCCCUCCGCGCCGCCGCACAAGGUAUACACGCAGGGCGAGUCACCCGGCGGGGCCGCGAGCGCACGCGCCGCGUCGCCGUGCGGUGGCGGGAUUAUACGCACGCCGGCGCUACCCCCUCCCCCGCCGCGCCUCGACCCGCUCGAGGACGAGCACGAGCUCCACAUGCUGUACGAUUACACCACCGUGCACGCCUGGUUAGAGCAUCCGGUGAAGGUGUUCAAGGCGGCAGAGUCGAAGUUCCGAGAGGACUUGGCGUGCGGGGUGGGGGGCGGCGCGGGGGGCGGGGCGGGUGACCUGUACGCCGGCCACACGCAUACAACCAUGCCCGCGCCCGACCGAGCGCCCCACGUCAAGAUUGAGAAGCAAGAACACGAGGAUUCGAAAGAGUACAAGAAUCUGUUCACGUCGGACGGCCUCAAUCCGACGCUCAAAGACCUCGAUCAGAUAUUCGAGAACUCGGACGACGCCGCCAGCGGGGAUGAGACGGUAAGACUUUUGGUGCAGACGCCGCCGGACUCCAACAAGUCGGAGGAACGAACGGGCGGGCGGUGCGUGCGCGCGGAGGAGCUGAGCAAGAUGUUCCCGACGCCGCCGAGCAUGGAGGCGCACGCGCAGCCGAGCCCGGGGUUCAGCCCGCCGGACGACACGCACCCCGCCCACCAGGCGCACCCCGCGCAUAGACUACACGGCAGCCCACCGCCUGACCCUAUCGAGGACUGGUCGUACGUGUUCAAGCCGCCGACGAUGUAUAAGUACGUGGGCUCAUCUAAGUACGCGCCGCUGACGACGCUGCCCAGUCAGCUGCUGCCGCCCGUGACGCUGCCGCCGAACGCCGUGUACCGCCCGCGAUGGCUGCGGGCUGACCGCGAGCGCGAACGCGAACGCGACGAGCGACAGAGAGCUGAUGCCGAUACCAACGGUACCGGCACGGGGUCUGGCGGCUCGACGAACGGCGUGAAGCGUCCUCUAUCUUGCGCGGGCGCGGGUGGCGGCGCUGUGGGUGGGGCUUCAGCUGGCGGGGCGGAAACGCGCUCGCCGGUGCGUCGCCCCUCCCCGUCACCGCGCACGCCCGCCGCGCCGCCCGCGCCCGCCUGCCCGCUGCUGCUCAACGUGCUGCUCGCCGACACCGUGUUAAACGUCUUCCGUGAUCACAACUUCGACAGCUGCACGCUCUGCGUAUGCGACUCCAGAGCGGGCAACGUUCGCGGAGCGGACGCGGCUACGUACCUGCCGAGCGGCGACUGGGGCGGCGGCGCGGACGACGAGCCGUCGCGCUGCUCGUGCGGCUUCAGCGCCAUCGUCAACCGACGACUCGCGCAUCGAGCGGGUCUCUUCUAUGAGGAUGAGAUGGAGAUUACGGGUAUCGCGGAGGAGCCGGGUGGAGGCGGCGGGGGCGGCGGCGGGCGCGGGUUCCUGGGCGAGGUGGCGAGCGUGCUAGUGCCGCAGAGCGCCGCGCCCGCCGGCGGCGCCGCGUCCGCGCUCGCCAGAGCCGCGCGUCGCGCCGCACGCACUGCCGCGCCAGACGACCUGCGUCUCAACCUGCUCGAAUACUCUGACGGUGGUGCGGCGGCGGCGCGUGCACUGCGGGCGGCCAUGGGCUGCUCGAGCGGCAUGGCGACGCUACCCACCGGCACCGGCGCCGUGCAUCGAUGGCCCUUCAUCGGCGCGCGGGCGCCACGCUCCUCGAGGGACGUUGUCAGAUUGAUGCGUCGCCUGAGGCCGCUGCUGCAGGACGCUAUCCAGAAGCGUUGCUGCGGCGCGCGCAUGUGGGACGGCGUGAGCGGGCCGCUGACGUGGCGGCAGUUCCACCGGCUGGCCGGACGCGGCAACGAGGACCUGUGCGAGCCGCAGCCCGUGCCGCCGCUGCUGGUCGGCCACGAGCGCGACUGGCUGGCACUGUCGCCGUACGCGUUGCGCCACUGGGAGCGCCUAUCGCUCGAGCCGUACGCGCACGCGCGCGACGUCGCGUACGUGGUGCUAGCGGCCGACGCGCCCGCGCUCCGCGACCCGCUGCGCGCCUUCUUCCGCGACCUGUCCGCCGCGUACGAGGCGUGUCGCCUGGGCCGCCAUCGACCCGUCACCCGAGUCGCGCGCGAUGGCAUCGUGCGCACGUCCAGGACAGACAGAGAUGCAAACUGUGAGGAGUGGAGCGGGGAACUACCUCCGGGGAGACUCGGAGAUUACAUGCGUGCAUACGCCGAGACGUUACGAACGAAUCUCGUUCCUCAGCUGGCCGCCUUGAACAUCGACAGGACGAUAUUAGAAAAUGCAAACACGGGGACGAUGCGUCCUCCUGCGGCGCCGGAGCGGCCGGGCACGCCGGGUGGCGCGGGCGGCGGGGAGGGAGGGGAGGCGAGUGCGAGCGACGGGGGCGCGAGCGCGGCGGCGGCGGCGGCCUCGUGGGAGGAGGAUGAGGCGGGCGCGCCAGCCCUCGUCAUAUACGUCGUCGAGCCGCCCGCCGCCCACGCCCACCGACCGCGAGCGCUGCGUACGCUCCUGCGUCUCGCCGCCAAGGCUGCGCAUCACCUGCACCAUCACAACCCGCUAAUCAAGAUAAUAUCACUGGAGGGCGUGUGCGAGGCGUGGGCGGGGCGUGCGGGAGGCGGCGUGGAGACGCGCGCGCUCGCGUUCUCGGUGUUUGCGGGCGCGCGACGCCAGCUAGUACACUCGCCCGUCGGCAAAUCGCUAACCGGCUUCCGCACGGCCGCGCAGGCUAACCUCUUCCUUAGUAAUAAAGAUGAGAAAAACCGCGCCCCAUACAAUCUGUUCGGUCCGGCGUGGGUGUUAGCUCCGGCGCGAGCCGUCAAGGAGGUGGCCGAGACGUGGGGCACGGCGGCAGAGCAGAGCGCCGUGCUGUACGUCGCCUACUGCCUGUCGCACGACCAGCGCUGGCUGCUCGCCAGCGCUACGGACGCGCGAGGCGAGCUGCUAGACACCGCCGCUAUCAAUAUACACGUGCCGCCUAGGUCGAGGAGAAAGCGUGGAGGGCCGGCGCGGCGGAUGGGUCUGACGAAGCUAAUGGAUUUCAUGCUUGGUGUCAUGUCGCAGUCCGCGCAGCCAUGGAGACUCGUCGUCGGCAGAGUGGGACGGAUCGGACAUGGCGAGUUGCGAGGUUGGAGCUGGCUGCUAUCGCGGCCGAACCUGCAACGCGCGUCGAGCACGCUCCGCGAGUUGUGCGGUAGCUGCGCGCGCGUGCCCGGCGCCGCGCCGUGCGUGCUGUCCGCCUGCCUCGUGUCCACCGAGCCGGACUCGUGCCUCCGCCUCAUGGCCGACCGGUUCACGCCCGACGAGAGAUUCUCCCAGGCCUCGAUACAGUCCCACCUGCACACGCCACGUGACGUCACCGCCACGCAUAUACUCGUCUUCCCCACGUCUGCUACCACGCAGUCGAACCACAUGCCGUUCGAGCCGCAGCUGCCUAACGGCGAGGACAACGACAUGCUGUUGGGUCUGGAGAUGGACGAGGACAUUGGCGAGGAGAACAUCUGCGAGCUGGUUGGCAUCAGCGACAUGUUCAUGGGCUUCGGGGACUCCCCGCGCAACUCGCCGCGCCGCGACGAGCAGGAGGGCGAGCGCGCACCCCGACACCACGCCGCCGGAGCGUACCCCAGCGACGUGGACCCUGCACCGGAGCAAGUGGGUUCGAUGCUGCAGCAGCCCCUGGCACUGGGGUACCUGGUGUCGACGGCGCCGCUCGGCCCCAUGCCGCGAUGGUGGUGGGGGGGCUGCGGCCACCUGCGCGACGCUUGCCCUGCCUUCCUCAAGAACGCUCUGCAUCUCCAGUGCAGCCAGGCGGGAGAUGACUACGCGGCUUUCACGCAGCGCCGCGACGCCCACCCGCUAGACUCCGCCACCACUACCGUCGUGCUCAGGUACGUGCUGGAGGGGUACAACGCGCUGUCGUGGCUGGCGCUGGACGGCACGACGCACGACCGGCUGUCCUGCCUGCCGCUGCACGUGCAGGUCCUCAUGCAGCUGUACCACACCGCCGCCGCGCUCGGCUGAGCCCGACCACUCAUUGUUAUUAUUUGCCCCCACCCCGGGGCCCCGAGCUUUAAUUACGAUAUUUAUUUUUGUUAAGUUCUUACGUCCCGUUAGGGCGCGGGAGCGUCGGUUACCACGAUCCGCUUCUCCGUUGUGUUUUGUAUUCGCCGGGAAAAGUAUAUUUGUCGCGCUCGCAACAUAAGCACCGAGGGUUUAGCCUUCUAGAAUUCCUUCCAGUAAAAUAAAGUACAAUUAUACCUGAUACGAGUAAUAUCGCGAUUUGCUACAAAUGUUAUAUACCGAGCGGGAUUAGAUGUAACGUCGCAUAUAAGUAUACUUUUCUACACCAUCUACUCUCUAGAUGCGACGGAAGGUCGUCGUCGACGGUAAUAAAUAGACAGUACUUAGAUAAAUUAACUGUAUGAUACGGUUCGGUCACCGAAUCCGAAGCGACGUGAACGCAGUUUCGUAUAAUAAUGUCGUUGGAGGCUAUCAUAUUUGCGUCGGGUUCGGUGUCGGGGCCGCGGUGUGUAUAAGCUUGUUAUUCGCGAGUUGGCUAGUUAUGUGGCGUCGGCCGGUAUCGGUAGGUUAGUUGUUAGCGGCGGUGCUGGUGACUCGUUUGGCCUGCUGCGGCCCGGGAGUCGGCGGAACGGGUUUCUCAUUAGUCCCGCCCGAUCCCCGGGAGCGGCGUACGCGACGAGAGGAAAGCGAAAGUUACCACGCACAAAGAUGUAUGAUUAUCGAAUGUUACAAAAAAUAAGAAAA